GUAUUUAGAUGGGAACAAACGAAAAGUCUUCCUUGUUUCCUCCCGGAGAAUAUACUAACCGUACCAGAGAAGGUUAUGCGGCUUGUCUCCAAUAUUUCUUUGAAUAAGUAGCGCAUUAAUCGACGCGUUCGUAGAAACAACAAAGUAAUAAUAAGUAAUAAUGUAAACGUUUGUAAGUGUGAAAACCCGCUCUGGAGAGUUGUGUAACAUCUGACAACCGGACCGUCUUCGCGAGUGCAGAGAUCCAAUACUAGUUACUAAAUUCUUCAGGCAUUCUGUUUAUUUAGGUUUGUGCGCUUUAUUUCACACGGCUUACCUCUUAUAGUGUUUAAUGCAUGUUUGCAUGCGAAAUAAUGUCGUGAUCAACCGUUACUCUUGAAACGCCUAAUAUAUAAAUACAUAAUUUUGACUCAUGCGGGUUAACGUAGUCGGAAAUGACAGACAUUCUUCGUAGAAUCCACGGCUGCUUUCUAAAAGUGGCCCUGUUCCCCAGUACAUUUCGAAAUAAAGCUGUUCGUCCUGCAGCUUCUGAAGUCUUGACCUGCCACCUGACGCAGCGCGCGCUCCCGCCCUGGACGUCAUUUUGCGUGCGCUACCGUGACGUCAUCAACGACCAGUUCGGCCUGUCUAACUUCAAUUGGCAGGUGCAGGGCACGAACUACCACAUCCUCAGGACUGGGGCUUUCCCCUUCAUCAAAUACCACUGCACCAAAGCACCUCCACAGAACCUGCAGUUUGAGAAUACGUUUUUCGGAGCACUGAAAGUCAUCAAUUUAGGUAUCCCAUGCUUGGCGUAUGGAUUGGGCUCAUGGAUGGUGGUUGGAGUAACAGAGACAGUUCAGACCUCUGCUGGACCUGUUACUGUUUACUUUGCUUACAAGGAAGCGGAGGGCGCUCAGUUUUAAUAUGUGAAAACGCUGUAUUCAGAGAAAGGAGGACUUGAGAUUGAGAGGCAAUUGUUGAUGGGCAAAAAAACUUUUGUGAAUAGGCAAUUGUAGCCUAAAUGCACACACGUUUUU